AUCCGGGUGAUUAGUCCAAAAAACCCAUACGAGAUGGUAUCUUCAUAUAUAAAAAUUAACGCUGCGCUGUUGGUGAUCUGCUUGAGCACCGCCUCGACAUAUAUUUUGAACGAGGAGUCCAAUACUAGGCCGCUACCUGCCAACUGUGUUGAGGCAGUGUGCUCCGCGGGUGCAGAGGCCAAAAGUGGCAUCUAUCAAAUACGUUUACCGUUAGAUGGUUGGACGCAUCGACCCUUCUACGUUUACUGCUUACUCGAUGGCAACGGCGGUGAUCCCUGGUUGUUGGUGCAGCGUAGACAGGACAAUACCAUCGACUUCAAUCGCAAUUGGAAUGAUUACAAGCAUGGCUUCGGAAAUUUAAACACAAAUUUCUUCAUUGGCUUGGACAAACUGCAUGCGCUCACCCAAGUACAACUCAAUGAGCUACAAAUCGAAUUGCAUGAUUUCAACAAUACCGUUAGACGCGCCCACUACGAUAGUUUCGCGGUGGGCGAUGAAAUCCAGAAAUAUGAAUUGAAUAUUUUGGGAAAAUAUUCUGGGAAUGCAGGCGAUUCCAUGCUCGGUCACCACGAUGGGCAAAAGUUCAGUACAUAUGAUCAGGAUAAUGACAAUUGGAGUUCGAAUUGUGCGGAGAAGUACAAAGGGGGCUGGUGGUACAACACCUGUGUCCAGAGUAACCUAAAUGGUGAGUAUCUUAAUGGCAUUCAUAAUCAAAUUGCGCAAGGCAUCAACUGGUUUAAUUGGCACGGCGACUAUUAUUCGUUGAAAUACGCGCACAUGGCAAUCAGACCAAGAGAUAGUGCGGCAAUACGGGCACAAAGAUGUUGAGUUGAUAAAUGAAGACUGCUACCAAAGUCGUAAUACAUUUCGUUCAACAUUCUACACAAACGAAAUGAAAUGAUUAAUACUAUACAUAUGAAUUAUUCGCUGUCAAUUUAUGUCUGCCCGAAAGAGACAUGUUCUUUCAGGUUUUACUUGUUUUUGUAACAGAUCCCUCAUUGUUCUAGAAAUAAAUCAGGAAAUCAAA